CGGGCGCGCGCUGCUGUCAGUCCUGUGAGCUGCGCUCGCGCUGUCAUCAUCAGGCUUUGAUCGAUGCCGUGACUUCACAUCGCCGCGUUUCACUUUACAAUCAAAACGGACUUUCUAGUGUGUUUAGUAGGCUAGUUUAAUCCGCUUUGCCCUUUCUUUUUAAUCCUAAAACACUUUUGUGAUCAUUAUAUAUAUAUAUAUAUAUAUAUAUAUAUAGCCUAUAUAAAACAAAGUUAACUCUGAGAGAUCAUGGCCACGUCGGUUCCUUUGCUUCCAUCAGCGCCGCUCGCGCAUCACGCGCCGCCUCCGAUUUCCAUCUCCGCUUCGGCCGGUGGCGGCUCCUCGAGCCCGUCGAGUCUGUCUCCAUCGCCGUCGUCGCUCGCUCCUUCGGCGGCUUCGAGCCUCUUCCGCUCGGACCUGCUGCCUUCUGCGAGUCCGGCUCUCCCGGUGGGUAGCGCGCCGCACAAGCCCGCGUAUGCCACGCCGUCUCCGGUGGAGAGCACGCCGCGCAACAACGAGUGUCGAUUGGUGGAGGUGCGCGGCGCGCGCCUCGCCUCGUUCACCGUGGACGGCCGAGAGCUCAUCUGCCUCCCGCAGGCGUUUGACCUCUUCCUCAAGCACCUGGUCGGCGGUUUGCACACCGUGUACACCAAGCUCAAGCGGCUGGAGAUCACUCCGGUGGUGUGCAACGUGGAGCAGGUGCGUGUGUUGCGCGGGCUCGGCGCCAUCCAGCCCGGUGUGAACCGCUGCAAGCUUAUCUCGCGCAGAGACUUCGAGGUGCUCUACAACGACUGCACCAACGCCGGCUCCAGACCUGGCCGACCUCCGAAAAGGACCCAGAGUGUGACGUCCCCCGAGAGUCCACACAUCCUGCCCCAUUCCGUCUCUGGACUCAUGUCCUCAGGACUCAUGUCUCACACAGGUCUGACAGCUGCUACUUUAGCCGAGGCCAUGAAGAAGAAGAUUAAACUGGAGGUUUUGAACAGUUACCACGCUUCUACCAACCACGGUGCAGACCAUGAGAACGGAGACGUCUCAGGCAUGGCAGGUUUGGAGCUGCCAUUCAUGAUGAUGUCACACCCUCUGAUUCCUGUAAGCCUGCCCCCUGCCUCGGUCACCAUGGCGAUGAAUCAGAUGAACCACCUGAGCACCAUCGCCAGCAUGGCCGCCACCGCUCAGGUGCAGAACGACUCGAGCCGAGUGGCCACCUCCGUCAUUAAGGAGCGAGUGCGAGACAGCCCAUCCCCAUCUCCCUCUCUGGAGGACGGCCGAAGGUCAGGGAGUCACAUAUCCUCCAGGCAGAGCACCAGUGUGUCCAGUUCUCCCGCUCACACCGAGAGCUCGUCUGAUCGGCCGCCUGUGCACCAGAAUGGCCUUUCCUUGGGUCACGCUCUGUUAGGCCUGUCACCCAAUGCACCCCCGGGACCAAAAGAGGGGGAUCUGGCAACCCAAGAUGCUGGUCAUGACUCAAGGAGGACGCAUGCAGAAAAGGAAGAGAACGUACUGUGCACGCCUACAUCUCGCGAGACCUACGAGAGGGUUUCUCACGCCAUCCCCACGCUUCCUCCAGGCUUCCCCGCGCCGCUGCUCUUUCCUGAGGGCCUGUCUUCCAUAGAAACACUCCUCACUAACAUCCAGGGUCUGCUGAAGGUGGCUUUAGAUAACGCCCGGGCGCAGGAGAAGCAGGUGCAGCUGGAGAAGACGGAGCUGAAGAUGGAGCUUUAUCGGGAGAGGGAACUACGCGAGACACUGGAGAGACAGCUCUGCGUGGAGCAGAAAAACCGAGCCCUAAUCCAGAAGCGACUGAAGAAAGAGAAAAAGACAAAGCGGAAGCUCCAGGAAGCUCUGGAGUACGAGUCCAAGCGACGUGAUCAGGCUGAGCAGACGCUGCAGCAGACGACGGCCAGUGAGCACGCUCACACUCCGAAAGAGCCUCCUGCUCCAGAAAUGGAGACCGACCUGAGCAGGGACAGAACAGACGCAGACAGGACGAUACCAGAUGGACGGCUCUUUCUCAAGACCGCGGUGAUGUACUGAAGAAGCAGAGCGAGAGAACAUGUAAAUGAGUGCGGAGACGGAGGAAGCAGAAGUGGGAAUAAUCACGAAAAAUCGAUUGUAUCGGAGGACUCGAGACAUUUCAAGGACCCCAAAGGGUCGGCGUCUACAAAUUACUGCGAGGAGACUGUCACACGCAUUGGAAAUCAAUGCUUUCAUUGUGCCUAUCUGUGAAGUCGAGCCACCUUUUUUCUUAUCACAGAGGCUAAAAACACACCAUGUGGACCUUCACAACAUUUUUUUUCUAUAGGAUAUUUAAACCACUCACGCUUUACUGACCAUGAAAAAAAAAAAAAAAAAACAAAAAAAAAAAAAAAAAAAAACAAUAUUUCAGAGCUUCUCUUUUAUAGCCCUGACAUGUUUAACUAUCUAUAAAGCACUAUUUCCAUCAUGGAAGAGUCUGAUGAUUUGAGUUUAUUCAUGGUUUAUUGAAUAUCUACAUGACAUUUAAUGUGUUUUCGUGUAGCUUCGUGUCUUGUUAUUCUCAAAAGAAAGAUUGUCCAUGUUUUGUUUUGUUUUUUGUUUUGUUUUGUUUUUUGUCAUUAUUAUAUGUUUGAUGAUUAUAGCAGGUAUCCUCAAACGAAAAAGAAAAAAAAAAAGAAAACUCAUGAAACAUGGAACGUGUACAUAAAAGUGUAGAGAUAAUAUUGUGCAUUGUAUGUCGUAGUGCUGUUAGGAAAUCAAUACAAACCUCUUUAAUGAAA